AUGAAAGAAAUAUAUUAUAUCUUAAUUUUAUGCUCUAUUUAUCUAAUAAACCUGAGCAAUUGUUCCGAAGGUCCAAAUAAUGUUAUUUCAGAAAAUGGUCAUAUUAAUUAUGAUAUGAUUCAAAAGGAAAAUACUGAAAGAAGUACUAAACUAAUUAAUCCAUGGGAAAAGUAUAUGGAAAAAUAUGAUAUAGAAAAGAUGCAUGGUUCUGGUAUAAGAGUUGAUUUAGGUGAAGAUGCACGUGUGGAAAAUCGUGAUUAUAGAAUACCUUCAGGUAAAUGUCCAGUUAUAGGGAAAGGUAUAACUAUUCAAAAUUCUGAAGUAUCAUUUUUAACACCAGUAGCUACCGGUGAUCAGUCAGUGAGAAGUGGAGGUUUAGCACUUCCUAAAACAGAUGUACACCUUUCUCCUAUAACAAUUGAUAAUCUCAAAACAAUGUAUAAAGAACAUCCAGAAAUAGUAAAAUUAAAUAAUAUGUCAUUGUGUGCAAAACAUACCUCAUUUUAUGUUCCCGGUAACAAUGCCAAUUCAGCAUAUAGACACCCCGCUGUUUAUGAUAAAUCUAAUAGUACUUGCUACAUGUUGUAUGUAGCAGCCCAAGAAAAUAUGGGUCCAAGAUAUUGUAGUAAUAAUGCAAAUAAUGAUAAUCAACCAUUUUGUUUUACACCCGAAAAAAUAGAAAAAUAUAAAAAUUUAUCCUAUUUAACUAAAAAUUUGCGUGAUGAUUGGGAAACCAGUUGUCCUAAUAAAAGUAUAAAAAAUGCUAAAUUUGGAAUUUGGGUUGAUGGUUAUUGUAAAGAUUAUCAAAAGCAUACAGUUCAUGAUAGUGAUUCAUUAUUAAAAUGUAAUCAAAUUAUUUUUAACGAAAGUGCUUCUGAUCAACCUAAACAAUAUGAAAAACACCUAGAAGAUACUACCAAAUUUCGACAAGGAGUUGCAGAGAGGAAUGGUAAACUUAUAGGUGAAGCUUUAUUACCAAUAGGAUCUUAUAAAUCAGAUCAAAUUAAAAGCCAUGGAAGGGGAUAUAACUGGGGAAAUUAUGAUAGUCAAAACAAAAAAUGUUACAUUUUCGAAACAAAACCAACAUGUUUAAUUAAUGAUAGGAAUUUCAUUGCAACAACUGCUUUAUCUAGUACAGAAGAGUUCGAAGAACAAUUUCCUUGUGAUAUAUAUAAAAAUAAAAUAAACGAAGAAAUUAAAGUCUUGAACAAAAACAUCUCUAAUGGAAAUAAUUCCAUUGAAUUUCCUAGGAUAUUUAUUUCAACUGACAAAAAUAGUUUAAAUUGCCCAUGUGAACCUACGCAACUGACUGAGAGCAGUUGUAAUUUUUAUGUGUGUAAUUGUGUAGAGAAAAGACAAUAUAUAGCUGAGAAUAAUGAUGUUGAAAUAAAAGAAGAGUUUAGAAGUGAAUAUGAAAGCCCAUCAAACCAGAGAGUAAUAGUUAUUAUAAUUUUUAUUUGUGUUGGAAUUAUAUUAGUUAUUCUAUUAGUGGGUUAUUUCUUUAAAAGUAAUAAAAAAGGUGAAAAUUAUGAUAGAAUGGGUCAAGCAGAUAUUUAUGGUAAAGCUAAUUCCAGAAAAGAUGAAAUGUUAGACCCAGAAGUGUCAUUUUGGGGUGAAGAUAAAAGGGCAUCACACACAACACCCGUUUUGAUGCAAAAACCAUAUUAUUAA